CCGGCGUUGCUAGACACGCAGUUCGAGUUUAUGGUAAAGUCAUAAAGUGUUGAACUAUCUUCUCUUCGUGAAAAAAUUUCGUUUAUAUAAUAGCACCAAGUGCGCUUCCGGAGUAUUUUGAAAAAAAUUUAAAUAAUACAAAAGUGCAGUGCAAUAAAUGUGACAAAAUAUUAGUAUACAAUAAGAGUACGUCAUCAUUAGCCAACAAUUUACGAUCUGCGCAUGAAAUUAUUGUUUACAAAUAAAUGCCGACAUUCGUCAAAGGCUUCAAAACGUCACAGGUCUCUUCGUUAGAGGAGGAAGUUGAUAUAUCAUUUCCAAUGAUGACUUAAAAUAAGUACACAUAUACUUAUUCGAAUUUAGAGAAUAGUGUUAAUAUUUUCUUUUGAAUAUGAUAAAAUAUGCAUUAUUUUUUGAAGAUUGCAAAUGAUAAUGAAGUUGCUUCAACUUCAUCAAGUGAACCACUACAAUCAGUUUUGUUUUCAUCUAGAGCUUGUAGCUCAUCUCCUUCAUUUGGACUAAUGGAUAAGUGUUUAGAAGACCAGGUUUUAAAGCAUUUGUACGAAAACUUCCAACAGCUUUAUCAUUUACCUUCUGAGUCCACUAUAACUAAAAAGAUAAAUGAAAAAUAUCAGGUAGUUAAGGAACGAUUUGGAUCAAUGCUUUCCAGUGUAGAGUCAAUUUGUUUGACUGCAGAUAUAUGGACACAUACGAGUACAAUGAAGUCCUACUUGGGAGUUACCGCUCACUUCACAGUAGGAACAGAAUUUAUAUUCACGGAUUUAUGUGCUAAACCACUCACAGUUGGGAUUUCUCUAGGUUAACGACGAAGUAGGUCGUGUCGCAUACCCAAAUAUUUCUGUGUUUAAAGUGACAGUCUAAAGUUUGAUGAAAUUUGUGUUGUGUUUUUAUUAAACCGAUAGGACGGCGCUCCGAUUCGUCUGGCUGACAGGAAUAUAGCUGAAUAUAGUUUUUGGCUGUAAACUGUCAAUAAAGAGCAACAAAAAGUUUUAUUAAAUACGUUGAUAUAAAAUUAUUAAUUCGGGAUAUGAUUCUUGUAAAGAAAAAGUGAAUCUUUUUUCAGUCCCAAAGAACAAAGAAAUAAAAAAAAUGGGAGAAAGCUAUUCCUAGAGCAGAUUUUAUUUUAAAAAGUGGAUUAGUGGUGUGACAUAAACAUUUUUUACCUUAUCAAAUAAUUAAUAAACGCGAGGUUAAAGAUGCUGAGGGAACCAAGUGGGCACCGGGACGUCUUUUUUUGCCCGCGGACAUUCUAAGACUUUGAUGAUAAUUAAUUAUUAUCAUCUUACUUAAAUUUCGACUUUAUUUUGAUUUUUGUUUUAUUUUUACACGCUCAUACAGACAUUAGAAAUGAAAAAAUCCUCCCGGACCUGGGAUCGAACUCAUGAUACGUUGGGUUCAAACUCUACGCCUUAAGCGUCUGAGCCAUCGGAGACUGAUAAAUUCGUUUAGAAAGUUUACGAACUUAUUUGUCAAUGAAAUGAAUCUAACAGGAGGGAGAAUAUGUACAAGAAAAUGUAUAAUUUCAGCACCAGAAUUAAAAUCAAGUUCUUGUAUCAAUAGGGAAGUUUGUCUGGCAGUACGCGUUUAGACAGCCGAUGAUAUUAUACUUGUAAUUUGGUGUUGAUAGCUGAACAUUUUGUUAACCGAAAUAAAAUAAUUGAAUGUGUUUUCUCGUACUGAUCCAAGUACAAAAAAAUUAUAUACUAAUUAGACAUUAGACACAAUUUUUGUAAAAUUGGAAUCAUGGGACACGUAGGGCGGUUGGCAAUAACCUUACAUUU